AUGGACGCCAUCUGCGGCCCCGAGGCGACGCAGCAGGACGUCUACGCGCUCUUCAAGCCCAUCGUCGCGUCGACGUGCAAGGGCCGCAACGGCUGCGUCUUCGCCUACGGGCAGACGGGCAGCGGCAAGACGCACACGGUCGUCGGCGGCGACGACUUCCGGAGCCGGGGCCUCGUGCCGCGGGCCAUCGGCCAGGUCUUCCGCGAGGCGGCGAAGCGGCGGAGGAAGGGCGGCGACGUGGCCGUGUCCUGCACCUUCGCGCAGGUCUACGACGACGCGCUCUACGACCUCCUCGACGAGGGCAACGAGUCCGACGACGUCGGCGAGUGGACGAAGGCGUCGGUCCUCGAGGGCGACGACGGGUCCCUGACCUUCGAGGGGCUCGCGGAGUACGGCGCGGACGAGGAGGAGGACGCGCUCCGGCUGCUCUGGGUCGGCACCGCGCGGCGCGUCCUCGGGCAGACCAAGGCCAACGACGCGAGCUCGCGGUCCCACGCCGUCUUCACCAUCUACGUCGUCGACGCGCAGCGCAAGACGCGCGCGAAGCUCCACCUCGUCGACCUCGCGGGCUCCGAGCGCUUCGGCGCGCGACGCGACGGCGGCGCGUCCGCGGAGUCGCGGAACAUCAACCUGAGCCUCCACUACCUCGAGCAGGUCGUCCGGGCGCUGCGGGACGGCGCCGACGAGCCGCGCCACGUGCCCUACCGCAACUGCGUGCUCACGUCCAUGCUCCGCGACUCGCUCGGCGGCAACCAGGGCAGGAAAAGAGAGCGAAAUUCCCAACUUCAAAGGCUCCGAUCUCGGCCGUUUCCCACUCGUUUCGGCUGA